AAAAAAUAUUGUCAUUUAAAGCCGCUUCUUUGGGAUGCACAUCUUUAAAGCUUUAUUAACCUCAAUAACACCAUGGUCAGGCUUGCAGUGAGGACAGUACACUAGUUUAUCGGGACUGUCACCUAAAUGAGGUAGCGAUUCCUUGACAACUAGUCCAGUCUCCUGGAAUGUAAGUGGUGGAUGUAUCUCCCUCACCUUGAGCAGAGUACCGAUGUAUAUAAAGACGCAAAAUGGUUUUUUGGCAAAAAUAGUCUGCAGAUAACCAUUGACAAGCAAAUUAGAAUAUACAAUAAAAAUCCUUUAAAUGGAUCUUCUGAUUCCCUUACUUAUUUUGCUGAUGGGGAAUGUGUAUGGAUUUUACCCACAUCAUUCAGUGAAAGACCAAAUAUCUAAUUACUUGAAAUCUGCUCCAUGGGAUCACGUAAAAUCAUUCGCCAAGAUUAAAACACCGAUAUCAAUGGAUAUAACAUCCAAUUAUAAACUUCCUGCAGGAACAAUUUUGAGUGGAAUAAAUGUAGUGACCGGGAAAAACUGUGCUGAUAUUUUGGGCAGGAAACCGUCUACCAAAAGAAAGGACGGAAUAUAUACCGUUUAUCCUGACAACAAAAAUCCAGUCCGGGUUUACUGUGACAUGACCACCGAUGGAGGGGGCUGGACGGUUAUUCAAAAUAGAUAUGAUGGUUCAACCAAUUUUUAUCGCAAUUGGAAUGAAUACAAGAAAGAUUUUGGUAACCUUUUAAAGGAAUUAUGGCUUGGGAACGACAAUAUUCAUGCUCUUACUAAAAAUGGUGACCAAGAGCUCCGAAUAGAAAUGUCAAAAUUUUCAGGAUCAAAGGUUUUCGCAAAGUACUCCCAAUUUUCUAUUGGUGAUGAAUCAAAAAAGUACAAACUGUCGAUCAGUGGAUACAGUGGGAACGCUGGUAAUUACAAUUCAUAUUAA